UAAUAUACAGAUUCUUUCCAUCAAAUAUGAUAAGUUUGUCAUUACAACUGUGUUGACAAGUAACUUGCCCCCAAAUUUUUGUGAUGCCAAAAAGCGAUAAAUCGAUUAUAAGUGAACGAGAAUUACAUCACUGGUAAAAGAAAACGUCACCGAAUAAAGCAUGUCUGCUUUACUGUCGAAUGAAGCUCAGCUGCGUUAUGUAACAGAAUGGUUUCAAGAAUGGUCAGAAAUGCAGAGAAGUGAUUUUCUGAGUAUACUUUUGGAACAAUGUGGACCAACAGGUCUUGUGAACGGAUUAGUUUCCAGAAUGGAAACACUGGGGUGUUCUGAAGGAUCUGAUAGACCUCCAAGUAUAUUUCAAUGUCGGGUGAAACUGUUUCGAGAAUGGAGCAAUAAUUGGUCCCAACAAGAAAAGGAUUCUUUACUCUCUUCAAUUAAGAAUACAGAUCCUGUAUUCGCAGAAAAGUACGAAGAAAAACUGUCAGCUCUAGUGAGUGAAGAUAAAAAAUCAUGAAUAAAUGUGUAGAAUAACUAAUAUUCUGUCAUAUUGUAAAAUAGGUUUAUCUUUAAAUUGAAAAGACUUAUUAUCAGAGGAUUUCUUAUUUAUAUUUAUAAAAUGGAAGGUAUAUUGAAUUUUAAUGAAAUUUAUUGUAAAGGGUAAUUGAAAGUAUUUAUACGCAUUGUAAAAUUUGUUUAUAACAUAGGAUUUCUAAUAUGUAUACGUACAUUCCAACACUAUCUCAUGACAUUAAAUUUUUAUUAGACAUUUCUUGCACAUAUAGGAGCAAGGAAAGAGGAUUUUUUAAGUAUAUAUUUUUGUAAUCACUAUGAUUACAAAUUAUUAGAUAGAUGUAUUAUUUUGCUUAUAAAAAUAGGUAUGAAAAUAUUUUAUUAAUUAUUUCAAUGUUAUUUAUUAUCAUACAUAUACUUCAAUAAAUUUUCAUCAAACAUUGCAA